AUGUCUCGCGCCGCUAAGGCUACCUUGAUCGGGUCUGUGUUUGCAUCUGCGUUCAUCAUCUGGGGUGUCCAUCAUCUUCAGACACGAGAGCGGGAGACAAUGUACAAAGGUGUUAUCCGCGAUGAUGAGCGACGGCGCGAGAAAAUGCGUCAACGGGAGGAGGAUUUGCACGAGUCCCUGAGGAAGAGGGAGAUAUACGAGCGAGUACAACCUGUGUCCAGCUCUGCUACUCGUGAUUCUGGGCAACUAUGA